AUGUCUGUUCUUUCUGUCGACGGGACACACUUGUAUGGGAAAUAUAAAGGCACACUUUUGGUUGCUACAAGUGUUGAUGCUAAUUUUCAGGAUGGCCUAUGUGUUAUAUCUGACCGACAUGCUGGGAUUAUUGUUGCAAUGAGUGAUGCAAACGUUGGAUUUCAUGAGCCACGGGCCUUUCACAGAUUUUGCGUUCGACACAUGGCCUCUAACUUGAGGACUCAUGUGAAGAAUAACAAAAUGAGAGAUAGGUUCAAGGCUGCUGCUUACCAACGCCAAGGAAAAAAAAUUGAUGAAGAUAUGCGUUCGAUUGGUCAAUCUUGUCUCCAAUCCUUACAGUAUAUUAUGGAUGUGUCGUUUCCUAGGUGGUCCUUGUUUCAUGGCGCUGGUCGUAGGUAUGGAAUAUGUACUACAAAUUUCUUAGAAACAUUUAACAAUGUGUUCAAGGGAGCUCGUUUUCUGCCGAUCAUGUCCCUAGUCGAGUUAACUUUCCACAGAGUUAACAAGUAUUUUAAUAUAAGAAGGGAUAGUUCAUUUUCUAGGCGUGCCGAUGGAUAUGCAUACUCACCUAAGGUCACUUCCAUUUUGGAGAAGAAUAACGGAAAAGCAGAAUACCAUACAGUGGAUGUUUAUAGCCGUCAGCGUGGUAUAUAUCAAGUAAAAACACACCGGGGAGAGAGGAUAGGCAGCAAAGGAGGUCAUAAGCAUACCGUUAACUUUAAUUUGAGAACAUGUACAUGCAAAAAGCCUAUGAUAUUUCACUUACCGUGUUCUCAUGUUCUAGCCAUGUGCCUUAAGUAUUCAAUUUCUAAGGAACCAUGGGUGGACAGUUUCCUACGAUCAGAGGCGUAUGCGAAUACUUAUGUCCCACAGUUCUGGCAUAUUCCUUGUGAGACGACGUGGAGGACAUACAGAGGGCCUAAAAUCAUUCCUGAUGAGAGCAUGGUCCGAGGACAUGGUCGGCCAAAGUCGAAGCGUAUAUAA